GGCGGCGAGGCAGUCGUCUACCAAGCUGCGUGCUGUACAGUUGGAUUGAACAAUGGAGCUAUCAACACUGGUAUUCCUCAUUCUUGUGCUGACUGCUGUCAGUGACGUGCAGGCUGUUCGCAAGCGUGGGACCUUGUCUGACCGGGUGAGAGUGAUGGAAAUGGAAAUCAACGCUUGGAAAGGUACAGUUGGUAAUCUUGUGGGUAAAAUGUUUGACCGCUUUAAAGACUUGGAGUCGUCACUAAAAGAAGAACUGACCAGAACUUUCGUCCCUGCCCUAAUAAAGCCCCUCGUCAAACAAGCCAUUACCGACAUCAUGAAUGAAGAUUACAUCGGGAACAUGAUCAGCGGGCAUGUUCUCGAGGAGGUUCAAAGUUUGAAAACAAAAGUACAAAACACAAAGAUAGAAAUCAAGGCACUGGCACAAAGGUUGAGAAGUGUUGAACAGGAAAGAGAUACAUACAGGAAAAGUCUUGGAAAACUACGUGGAAGGUUGACCGAAGACAUCCGUGUAUUACAGCAGCAAGUGAACCAGACAGUUGCUGAUCUGCGUGAUGCCAGAACCACCACGUAUCCUGGAACUACAGCAGCCUCCACUGACCCGACCCAGAACAACACGGUUCGACCAUCGCCAGUGACAACACAAGACUCUGAUCUACAGGCCUCGACAACCGACGUGAGUGAUGAUCUGACACCGAGCAAGACGGUUCCACCCACGCCAGUGACGACACAAGACUCCCACGGUAGGUGGAAAACCCAGCAGACAAGAAGCUCAGUGGUGUCGAUCGACGUUCAUGUUGUCACGACUCCAUCACCAGCAGCAGGCCGCCGCCUCUACUCCGCCAGCUACAACGGUGACCUGGAGACAGUGAAGCGGAUCCUGGCAGCGGGUCACGUGGACGUCAACACGAGAGGAGGCUACAGCAGCACACCGGUGAUGGCGGCAGCAGUGAGGGGACACAGCGAUGUGGUGGAGUUCCUGGUGGGUAGAGGGGCUGAUGUGUCGCUGGUGGACAGUGACGGUAACAACGUCCUUCACUUCGCCUGUUGGGGUGGAGACCUGGAGAUCGUGAAGCUGAUCCUGUCACAGAACGUGCUGGACAUCAACGCCAGGAACAACGACAGGAAGACAGCGGUCGACUGGGCGAGACUCCAGGGACAUCAGCGAGUGGCGGACUUCCUGGUGUCACGUGGUGGACACUGAAGUCGGUGUCGGUGUGGACGGUGACGGUGCACAUGUCGUUACUGACACUGACGCAGUGUGUGCCGUCCAUGUUGUCGUGUGUCACGAUUCACGUGAUUUCCUUUUUUCUUCCUGAAUAUAAAUAAAACUUGUUGAAUGUA